AUGGUUAGAGGAGUCUCGACUCUGUGGCUUCGUGGUUACCGUCUUGGCUACCUGAGUCCGUCUGAUGUGACUCACAUCAAGCAUAUCCAAAACCUCUACAUCGAACCUGGAGACAUUGAGUACCUCGAGAAUAACACCUUUGCCGACUUCGAAUCUCUGUACAAUCUGUCGCUGGCUCAAAACAAGCUUCGUCAUCUAGAAAAGAUUGUUGCCUUGUGUUACUUCGUUCUGGCCAUGGUGCGAAAGAGGACACCACACAAACAACGGGACCAUCGGAACAACGGACAAGACCAGCGAGACAACACCGAGUAUUCACAGAACACUGACAAGAUAGUGGAAGAUCAACCUUCACUGGCUCAUCAGUAUGAAGUCAUACUAGACAGACACCAGGCAGACAUGGAUAGCAUAACUCCAUACGGACAAGCUGCCGCAUGUCAUCCGGGAAGAGGUACCGGAUCUCUGCCUGGAGAGGUGUGCGUCAUCUGUAACACCUCUGUGGAGCAUCGUCCCAGAGACACCGUUCCACGUUGCACGCUUCUUGAGGAAGCGACAAUUCUGUGGCUCAAGAAUUACCGUCUUGGGUACCUGUCCUCGGCCGACAUCAACCACCUUAAGCAUCUGACGGAUCUUAUCAUAGAACCAGGAAACUUGGUGCUCCUUGACAACGAGACGUUCGAAGGGUUUGAGUACAAGCUUUACAAUCUUUCCCUGUCCCGGAACAACCUUCCGUAUCUAGGGAAGGGGUGGCUUGUUGAAGUACUUGGCCAUCUCAAUUUAGCUCAUAACAAAAUAGCAUACAUAGAAGAUGAGGCGUUUGGUACCAGUGAUCACUGCCUCGCAACAGCAGCUCUAUUCCUGUCGUGGAACAAGCUCGUGACAGUCAAGCCAGGAUACUUCAGACAUCUUUGUAAGCUGAUGGUCUUGGAUCUACGACAUAACCAGAUUUCCACCAUCGACGGAGGAGAUCUCCAAUAUCUCGAAACCAACACGUUUGACGGGUUCACGUCUCUGUACAACCUCUCACUGAGCCGUAACCGGCUUACGUAUCUAGGGAAGAGGUGGCUUGUUGAAGUCGGCGGACAUUUGACCUUAACUCAUAACGAAAUAGCCUUCAUAGAAGACGAGGCGUUUGGUACCUAUGACGUCCAGAUGGUUGCUCUGCAUCUAGCUUGGAACAAACUCGACGUCAUCGAGGCAGGCUACUUCAGAUAUCUUGGGAACGUCCGGAUCUUGGACCUACGCCACAACAAAAUCCAUACCAUUGGAAAAGUUGCCUUGUCUUGUUUCCUGAUUCUUUUGUUCCGAAAGGGCACAUAUAAGAUUUGGAAAGUGGACAAUGUACAAGAUCAGAAUCAGAACGUUGACCCUGACCGUUUGUCCCAGCAUACAUACGAAACAGUGGAAGAUCAGUACGAAGUCAUUCGGGACAGUCAGAUGGAAGAAGAUGAUGUCAUCACACCAUAUGGACAAGCCACCAUGGCAGGUGCUUACGGGAUGGACACAGAAAUGACGGCCGCAGUUAGAGACCUUCAAUAUCUCGAAAACAACACGUUUGACGGGUUCACGUCUCUGUACAACCUCUCACUGAGCCACAACCGGCUUACGUACCUAGGGAAGAGGUGGCUUGUUCAAGUCGGCGGACAUUUGAGCUUAACUCAUAACGAAAUAGCCUUCAUAGAAGACGAGGCGUUUGGUGCCUAUGAACUAGAUACGGUUGCUCUGCACUUAGCUUGGAACAAACUCGACGUCAUCGAGGCAGGCUACUUCAAAUAUCUUUGGAAUAUCCGGAUCUUGGACCUAAGCUACAACAAAAUCCAUACCAUAGACAAAGGCAGUUUCAAUGACCUGCAAAGCCUUCGAGUUCUACGUCUUGACGGUAACAAUCUUAGGGUGGGCACAUAUAAGAUUUGGAAAGUGGACAAUGUGCAAGAUCAGAAUCAGAACGUCGACCCUGACCGGUUGUCCCAGCAUGCAUACGAAACGGUGGAAGAUCAGUACGAAGUCAUUCGGGACAGUCAGAUUGAAGAAGAUGAUGUCAUCACACCAUAUGGACAAGCCACCAUGGCAGGUGCUUACGGGAUGGACACACCAAUGACGGCCGCACCGUGUAUUCCUAGUGGGUAG